CUAAAAGGGGAAACCGCGACUGGUUUCCAUCGCAACGGCAAUAUGGACUCCAAAGCCAGUUAAAGAAACUGCGAGUGCAGUUUCUUUUGAAUCUAUAUUUCUUUAUUAUUUUGCUUUCUCUUCUUUACAACUCGACCGUACCGCCCCAUAAUGCUGGCAAGAAUCCCGUUAAACUUGGGAAGUUUGUUGAGCGUUUGAUCUUUGACUUGAAGAAUGGGGAGCGUUUCGUCUGAGGAAUGUUUCGAUCAAAUAAGUGAGCGGUUCGAGAGCUACAGUUUGAGCGCCGACGUGAGCGAAUCCGAGAGCUCGAGUGGAUUUUCCUGUCGUCGUUUUGACCGAGGUGAUUCGAGUUUUUUGACCUCUUCGCCGCCCGUGGGUUCAGAGUUCGUUGACGUUUCUAGUUUAUCGACGCGAGUUCCCGUGAUGUUGCCGGUUGUCGGUGGCAGACACGUGGUCAUCCCGUCGACGAAGGCGGAGGAACAAGAGACCGACAUGGCGGAAGUAGAAAUGAUGAAGGAAAGGUUCGCCAAACUUUUGCUUGGAGAAGAUAUGUCAGGUGGAGGGAAUGGAGUUUGUAUUGCUCUUGCCAUAUCCAAUGCCAUUACAAAUCUUUCUGCUUCUGUGUUUGGUGAACUAUGGAAGUUACAGCCAUUAUCACCACAGAGGAAGUUGAUGUGGCGUAGAGAGAUGGAUUGGCUUUUGUGUGUAAGUGAUUCCAUAGUGGAGCUUAAACCAUCAUUGCAAGAGUUUCCAGGUGGGGGAACCUUUGAGGUUAUGGUGGCCCGGCCACGCUCGGAUCUCCAUGUAAACCUCCCAGCACUCAAGAAACUUGAUGCAAUGCUGAUAAGCAUUCUUGAUGGCUUUCAUAAUUCUGAAUUUUAUUAUGCUGAUCGCGGAGUAGUUAUCAACGAUACUGACGGAAUUGAGGCAUUUCCUUCGUCUACGCCGUCUGGGAGUUCAUCUGUUAGACUGGAAGAGAAGUGGUGGCUCCCAUUUCCCAAGGUUCCCCCCUCCGGUUUAUCUGAAGAUUCAAGGAAGAGAUUGCAGCAGUGUAGGGAAUGUACACACCAGAUCCUUAAGGCUGCUAUGGCGAUAAAUGACAAUGUCUUGGCUGAGAUGGAAAUCCCAAAUGCUUACCUCAAAAGCUUGCCCAAGUGCGGAAAGGAUUGUUUGGGUGAGGUCAUGUACCGUUACUUAACCGCCGACCAGUUCUCUCCUGAGUGUCUUCUUGAUUACUUAGACCUGUCAUCGGAAUACACUGCUCUGGAAAUGGCCAACAGGGUUGAAGCUUCUGUGCAUAUUUGGAAACACAAGUACUUGAGAAGGCACUCACUGCGUGCAAAAGUGGGAAAGACAGCAUGGGGUGGCAAAGUUAAGGGUUUUGUCGGUGACAUAGAAAAGACAAAGGUUUUAGCUGAGCGGGCUGAGACACUCCUACUGAACUUACGGCUACGGUUUCCAGGCCUUCGUCAGACUUCUUUAGACAUGAGUAAGAUUCAGCAUAACAAGGAUGUAGGACAAUCAAUCCUUGAGAGCUACUCGAGAGUGAUGGAAAGCCUAGCAUUCAACAUAACGGCAAGGAUUGAUGAUCUGCUAUAUGUAGACGAUGCCACAAGGAAACGUGCAAUUGAGGUAGCAGAGUCAUUGUCUGUUUAUGAACCGGGGCGGUUUGAUGUUGGUCUUCCUAAACAAAGUCGGAUAUCAACCAAUCCUCUCUCAUUUCAACGUUCUGGUAUGGGGACUCCAUGUGGGAUGACAGCAUCCUACGAUUCAGAUGAAAUAAGUGAAAGCUCUGAUAGGAGGGUUUAUCAACCAAUAAUAAACAAUGGCGGCAACCUUAGAGAGUCAUUGGAUGGCUCACGGGUAAGGCUAGCUUUUUGAGGAAUGAAAGCAACGACGUCAUGCACACCCAC